GAUCAUUAACAGUCCACCUUCCUUAGCUAAAUUAGAAGGAUAAGGUCUCUCAACUAAAGCCAAGAAACGACACUCUUUGAGCAUUUAAUGGUAGAUGAGCAGAUCUGCUAUCUGUGUCUUCACAACAUUUAAGGUCCCUUGCUUCCACCCACUUCCCGAAACCAUUCUGCAUCCUGAUCUUUCUCUCUCUCACUCUAUAUGUUUAUCAUAGUGAAAAAUGCUGGCUUCUCCGUUCCAAUUUCUGAUUGUUUUCUGCCCCCUGAUUUUCCUCGCAGCGCGGACACAUGGUGGUGAAAUCGGCAUCUAUUGGGGAUUCCCUGAGAGCAACACCACUCUAACGACACUCAACAACACCUGCAACACCCGCAACUUCAAGGUGGUGAGCAUCGCCGCCCUGAGCAACUUCGGCAAUGGCACCGCCCCGAGGGAGGACUUCGGCUCAUCCUGCAACGUCGCCACCGGCGGGUGCAAGCACCUCCAACACGACAUCGAGCACUGCCAGAGGAUGGGCAUCAAGGUCCUGCUCUGCGUGGGAGGGCCGACCCAGAACUACACCCUGUCCGACGCCGACGAAGCCCAUAGCCUCGCCACCUACGUCUACGGCGUCUACCUCAGCGGUAGCGGCGUCGACGGCCCUCUGGGGAGGGUCAAGCUCGAUGGCGUCGACUUCUAUCUCAGAGACAACGUCUCUCGGACACUGGAAACCAAUAUCGAGGCCAUGGCCAAGUUCCUCAAGGGUUACGACGAGGACAUUCUGCUUUCGGCCUCCAUGAGGUGCGACUACAUUCCGGGGAGCCCGCUCCGGAGGGCGCUGGAGAAGGGCCUGCUCGACAAAGUGUGGCCGCGGUUCUACGACCACACCUGCAAAUACAACGCGAGCCAGAAGGAGCCGUUCGUCUCCUCCGUCAAAACAUGGACGGCUUUGCUGAACGCGUCGUUCUACCUGGGGCUGCCCACCCGGCCGGACUAUCCGGGACGCAGCGGCUACAUCCCGCCGGAGCAGCUGAAGGAUGCGCUAGAAAUCCCGGAGCGCUCUUGCAAAUACGCCGGCGUGAUGCUGUGGAACAGGCACUGGGACGUGAAGAACGAGAACUACAGCACUAGAAUUAAGCCGAUCGUGGAAGCAACCCCUGACAAGCCCUGUAUUACGCCCCUUCAUGUUGUCUCUUAAGAAAAAAGAAACCUCCCAGCUUGAAUCAGCAACAAUGGGCACCAAAUAAAAGAGAAACUCUCUUGUCCAGUCAAUUAAGUUUCAGAGAAUUUGUUCCCUGAAACUCAUUCUCUUUUGUUGCUUUCAAUCAAAUAAUAUUACCAACGCCGUGUGAGCUUACAGUCAA